GCGGCGGCGGCCAUUUUGAGCCGAGCCCGGAACGGAGCGCCGAUGGCCGGGCAACCGCGACCCCGCGGCGGGGCUUGAGCGGGGGGGAUAUGGAUGUGCGGAAGCUGCGCGUCAACGAGCUGAAGGAGGAGCUGGGCCGGAGGGGCCUCGACACCCGCGGGCUGAAGGCGGAGCUGGCCGAGCGGCUGCAGGCGGCGCUGGAAGCGGAGGAGGCCCGCGGAGGAGCGCCGGGAGCGGGCGCCGACCAGCAGGAGCAGCUGCCGGACGGACAUUAUGGCACCCACGACAACACUCAUCAGGACAACAUGCAAGGAUACCACCAGCCAUACGAGCACUUCAGCGUUAAACAGGAGAACGAAUCUGGGUACGAGAGGGGACCUAUAGACCAAGAUCAUUCUGGCUUACAUUCAGAAAUGAAGACAGAAGUGAAGCAAGAGGAGCCAGCCCCUGGCUAUAACAUGCCAACUUCUGGGUACAAUGCACCUUCCUCGGGACCUGCGUCUAACUACAACACUUCAGUUUCUGGCUACAAUGCACCCCCUUCCAAUUAUGGCUCUUCCGACUCAUCCCAGCCCUGGCAGCAGCAGCAGCAAGGCCGCAAGAGGCCAGCUGAGGAGUCCCGGGGGCGCGGAUAUUACGAACACCGAGAUGAUAAGAGGGGCCGCUCUCCUCAGCCGCCUGCUGAAGAUGACGAAGAGGAUUUUGAUGAGUCGCUGGUGGCCAUUGAUACAUAUAAUUGCGACCUGCAUUUCAAAGUUGCCCGUGACCGAUACAGCGGCUACCCUCUGACCAUAGAAGGGUUCGCUUUCCUGUGGUCAGGUGCCCGAGCCACCUACGGGGCAAGGCGAGGGAGGGUCUGUUACGAAAUGAAGAUUAACGAAGAGAUAUCUGUCAAGCAUCUUCCGCCAACCGAGCCCGAUCCUCACGUCGUGCGCGUUGGGUGGUCGCUGGAUUCUUGCAGCACCCAGCUAGGUGAAGAGCUUCACUCCUAUGGCUAUGGCGGCACAGGGAAGAAAUCCACCAACAGCAAGUUUGAAAAUUACGGGGAAACUUUUGCGGAGAACGACAUCAUCACCUGCCUCGUGGACUUUGAGUGUGGCGACGAUGUUGAAAUGUCUUACAUGAAGAACGGGAAAUGGCUAGGGGUGGCCUACCGACUGCGGAAGGAGGCGUUGGGGGGCCAGGCACUCUUUCCUCAUGUCCUGGUGAAGAACUGCGCUAUCGAGUUCAACUUCGGCCAGAGGGAGGAUGCCUUCUUCCAAGUCCCGCCUGGGUUCACCUUCAUCCAGCAUCUUCCCUUGUCAGAGCGGGUCCGGGGGACAAUUGGACCAAAGAGCAAAACGGAAUGUGAGAUUUUAAUGAUGGUCGGGUUACCUGCAGCUGGGAAGACCACGUGGGCCAUUAAGCAUGCUGCAGCCAAUCCGUGCAAGAAAUACAAUAUUCUGGGAACAAACGCCAUCAUGGACAAAAUGAGGGUAAUGGGACUCCGACGCCAACGGAACUACGCUGGCCGCUGGGACGUGCUCAUCCAACAAGCGACACAGUGCCUGAAUCGCCUGAUCCAAAUCGCGGCACGGAAGAAGCGAAAUUACAUCCUGGAUCAGACAAACGUUUAUGGAUCUGCCCAGAGACGAAAAAUGCGCCCUUUUGAAGGUUUCCAGCGCAAGGCUAUUGUAAUUUGUCCCACGGACGAGGAUUUAAAAGAUCGAACAGUAAAACGCACGGAUGAGGAGGGGAAGGAUGUGCCGGAUCACGCAGUGUUAGAAAUGAAAGCCAACUUCACGCUGCCAGAAGCCGGCGACUUCCUGGACGCAGUGGUCUACAUCGAGCUGCAGCGGGACGAAGCCGAGAAGCUGGUGAGGCAGUACAACGAGGAAGGCAAGAAGGCUGGCCCGCCACCCGAAAAACGCUUUGACAACCGCGGGGGAGGCUUCCGUGGCCGUGGAGGCGGCGGCGGAGGAGGAGGCGGCGGCGGAGGUGGCUUUCAGCGCUUCGAGAACCGAGGUCCGCCUAUGGGCAACCGGGGUGGCUUCCAGAAUCGAGGAGGAGGCGGCGGUGGCGGUGGAGGAGGGUUCAGAGGUAGCUUCAACAGGGGCGGUGGCGGUGGUGGUGGCGGCGGCGGCUACAACCAGAACCGCUGGGGAGGCGGAAACCGAGACAGCAGCAACAACAACCGGGGCAACUACAACCGGAGCAACCAGCAGCAGAGCAGCUACAGCCCGGCGCGAAACCAGAAUACGUACAAGAGCAGCAGCAACAUGCCCCCCGCCCCUGCGCCCGCCCCCGCCCCAGCUGCACCUCCCAGUACUUACAACCCAGGACCACAGCAGAGCUACAGCCAGCCCUACAACCCCCCAUCCAGCUACAGCCAAGGGGGAUAUGCCCCGAGCUACAACUAUGGGAGCUACAGUGGUUACAGCCAAAGCUACAGCCAGCCCCCGCCUGCACCAGCUCCGGCCCCAGCCCCAGCCCCAGCCCCGGCCCCCACCCCACCAGCCUACAAUCAGCCCAACUACAACCAGUACCAACAGUACGCCCAGCAGUGGAACCAGUACUAUCAGAACCAGAACCAGAACCAGUGGCCCCCGUACUACGGCAGCUACGACUACGGGAGCUACACGGGCACCUCGCAGGGAGGCUCCAGCACUCAGUGAUGGCAGCGCGCCAUCCUCGGAGGGGGGGGGGGCGAGCAGCUUGGCUGCGCCGCUUUUGGCAAGUUUUUAAACUUGGCAGUGGGCAUUUCUGUCUCGGGAAACCCAGAGGGGAAGGAGCGUCUUCCCAUGUUUCCUCUCUGUAGUUUAGCCUUCCUCAACUUCUUGUGGGAGGAAGGGGGGCUCCAGGGGUUUGAGACUACAACUCCCAUCAGCCCCAGCCCAUUAGCUGGGGCUGAUGGGACUUGUAGUCCAAAACCCCUGGAGGGUUUCCCCAGUUGGGGAAGACUGCUGUCAUUUCAGAAGGUGGCUGCGUUUUUACCUGUACAGCUAGAGGCAUGCUUCCUUUCCUUUGUACCAUCCCUCACGAGGAAGUUGCAUUUAUCCCUUUUCUCUCCUUGUUGAAGACAAUUCUUUUUUCUCCUUUUUAAAAAAAUGAUUCUGGACAAAGAAAAAGCUAGAAUGUUCAGCCUUACAUCCUUGUAUUUUUGUAGGCCCAGAUCCACCUUAGCACUAGCCUUUCUACAGUAGUUGGGUGGGUGGGUGGAGUUGCGCAAGGGGCCCCUCUUAGGAUUUUACCACCACACUCUCUCUCUCUUCACCCCCACCUCGCACAAGUCUGCUAGUGAUCAUAAAUUCCAAGCAUUUUGGAAACUCUUCCUGCAGUUCAGUGUCACCCAUCUUUGAGGUGUUUUUAUCUUGUCUUUUUCUGCAAAUAACUAUUAAAACUGGAGGGAAAAGAGAUGGCUGUCUUAUGGUAAUUAUGAACUUUUUUUUUUAGACUUUUAUGUAACUUUUUACCGUGGGUCAGCAGCUGUUAAUAUUUUCAUCAAGGUAACAAUUCCUUUUUUGCUCAAUACAGGAGAGAAGAAAACAAAAAGAGGGGGAAAUCAUCUUAAAUGUGUAACUUUUUAUACAAUGUCUCAGUUUCUGUAACUUUGCACAUGCUUUGUGUUGAGUUGAAUUGUAACAGCUUUUUGUAUUUGGAAGAAAAAAAGAGUGAAUAUUGAACUUUAAA